CUUGCAGACACAUUAAUAUGCUGCGGGGGUCUCUUCUUCCUCAUCUUUUAUAACUACACCUUUAUUUUUCACCAUUACUAACACAUACAUUGACGAUUGACUUUGUGAAAACUUUGUUGUGAAAUGAAAACAUAGAGAAGGUCGAAUAUUUUCCCUUCUGGUUUUGCGCGAACGAUUUUUGCUUCUGCAUUUUCAUUUUCACUUUUUGAAAAACUUGAACUACUACUAAAACUACAACUUCGUCCUGAAAAUAAGCAUUUGCUUUUGUACAAAAAGUACAAGAACUCGGAAAUCAAAAUGAAAGCCGUCUUUUCCACUUCCGCCGCGGCCCUAUUGUGCCUGGCCCCUGGGAGUGUGACGAGCAGAUUACUUGCACCGAAGGGCGCCUCGAGCAGCCAAAAGCGUGCAGUUUCGCACCCCGCGCCAUCGGCGGUAGACCGAAGCGCCUCGUCGGGCGCCUCGGCUGCAGACGAUGAAUUUCAAGGGUUGCGCGAUCGCUUCAGCAUGAUCAGCAAGAGCACCUCCAAUUCGUCUUCAACGAAUUCGGUUCCGGAUGCCCUCUCCUCGAUCAGGCCUGCCGCGUUUGUGCCAGAACAAGUAGGGAAAACCAGUGUAGCAGCAGCUGCACACCAUCAGGAUAAUUACACCACGCCGCGGGGACGAGACAAACAUCAGGUCGGCGAUGAACUAGAUCCUGAGAAAACAACGCCUCCUGAACCACGUCUUCGCACCGAAUCUCCAACGUACUCCUACCACGAUUUCUGGCGGAACCAAGACGUGAUCGCAAAUCGUGGCGCACCAUCUUCGACCUGGAGAACAAGCCCGGAUCGUCGACUAGAAGAUGGGAAACCGCCGAACCAACCUCGCCGGCGGCAGCUUUCUGGACCCGUAGACCCCAUCGGGCCGUCGAAAUUUGGCUCCGAGAAAAGGCGAACGGCGUCCGUCGGCGCUUUCGCCGGACCAUCUGGGGCCGCUAGGGCACCGCUGUCGAGCGACGAUGCUGCUGCAAGCGAAGAAGCGGCAGCGACAAUUCCAUACACCGGGCCGCGCCUCCCCUCUGACCAAGGGGCCGCGCUGAGGCUCCUCAGCGAUCAUAAUUCCGGAUCCGAAAGCGAAAAACCCUGGGAACAAUGGAGCGACGCUGAGCGGCAAACGCGGGCGGUUGAGCAGCUGGUGCAGAGCUCUAGCGAGGGACUCAGCGACCCAUCCUCACACUCAAAUAAAGCCGGCAUGGUCAAGAACACGCCUAAAUCCGUGGUCAAACCCCGAAUGACCCUGCGCACUAAAUCCGAGCCCCGUGGUGGUUCCCUUCGAGAUCGACCAGCAAAAAGAGACGGACCCGGGAACGACGAUCAAGGAAUAUUUUCGGCAAGGCCUACCCCACAGAAGCGCCACAAGGUGGGAGGACGACCCCACUGUGAUACUGAUAUCAACCUGGGGGACGCCGUAUACUUGAUCGCCCAACGAUUGGAGAAUGGCGAUUCCUCCAAACAACUGACUGCAUACGUGCAGGAGGUUCUUCCCGAAGGUAGGUUCCGUGUCACGACUGCUGAGGGCAAGCCGUUCAUCAUCGCCGCCGAGCAACUUCAGAAGGUAAAGUUUGUCUAUGAUUUAUGUAGCAUGAUAUCAUGAGCCGAUGGAUUUUUCGUAGUCCAGCCUCCACGGCAAUCAUGUUUGCCCUCAACCAUCCGCUGUAAGUAAGUAUGAUGUACUGUUCAUCAUUAGUCUUCAUCUUUCUCUGCAUUUAAGUAUUUCGCGAUUGAUGUCAUUCCUUUGAAAAUUUAUAGGUGGACGCUCCUGCUACUCUCGCAGUGAAGAAGGCACUAGAUCUCCUUCCAGGAGGAAAUAAGCCCGCCGAAGGUGAAGCUUCCCAUCCCGUAGUGCCUGCACCUGCACCAGAGCCUCCGGUCACAACGGUGCAACACAAGGAGAAGCCAGAAGUUACUGGUGGUAAGUUUAAGUUCUUUCCUAAAACUGACUCCCGUCAACUUCGUGUGGGCGCACAGGAGUUUUUUCCUCAAGGACAAAACGCAGCUCCGGCACAAGACCCUAAAUCUUGGUGGAUGAACGCGAGCGCGCCAGCCUUCGUUCCUGCGGGAAAACAAGAAGGGCUGCAACAGGCGGACCAGCGCCACGCGUCUUAUCAAGAACAGUACGGAGGUGAUCAGCCUCAGCGGUACGCAAACGUGAGCGCCAUUUUUCCCAUGGCAGCCAGACUUCCCGCCGGGGGCGACGUUGCUGGGUGGCCGCCUGGUGAGCAUGACGACGCUAGUUGCUGGCAGCUUCCGUACGGAACCGCCGAGUCGUGUGCGGCGGCUUCCGGAACACUUUCAGGACAAGCCGCAGGAGAAGACGGGGGGGUUCCGAGCUUUGCAGAUGCCAGCGGAGAGGUGUACUUCGGUGAUGCGGCGGUCACCCAACGGCGGCUGCAAGAGCAAGGCUACCAGUUGCAGCGCCGAACGUCCACCGGACAGUACGUGGACCCCAGCACGCGUAGCGACCCCGUGGGCUCCCAGAUUGCCAAACCAUCUCCGCGUCCAAUUUCCUUGCUGGCGCUGGCUCCUGGCCUCGAAGGCAGCGAGAGCGCACACGCGGACUGUGCCACCGCGGGCAUGAGCGUGCAUGUUGCAGCAUCGCGCCGGCAAAGUGAUCCGCCGGUAACAGGGGGAGAAUUCGAUGCAGCGUCGUCCUCCGUGGCAACGGGUAGCCAGCAGUUCGAGGCGAACAGCACGUUUCUAGCCCAGCAGCAGCACCCGUCUGAACUGCCGCCGUGGUGCAACGCGGCUGCGCAUUUCGUGCCGGACAUGGGGCAAUGUUUUCAUUUGGCACCACCAGGGAACAACGGUUGUGCUAUGGUAACGAGCCACGCCGCUGUUAGUCUUCAGGCCGACGCCAGCCACUACGGUCCUGUCACUCCGGACACAGGAUCUAGCACACACGGAGGACAAAGCGCACAAUACUUGCAACCGCAGUUCGUCGAUGGUGGCACUGGUUCCGCGUGGGUCGCGGCUACCCUUCCAUCGAUGGUCCCCGGGCAGCCUGCAGGAGCGUGUGCUCCCCCGGGAAUCGCCCUGACACCCCCUGGCAUGGCGCUUGGAGCCAGUUGCGCCGGUACAACACAGCCAACCUGCAUGGUAAUUGGAUGCGGUUCCCCCGCUCAAUCUGCCCCGAGCCCGACGGCGGCCGUAUUGGGCGUCGUGCCUGUGUCGCCGAUGGCGUUCUGCUGCCCUGAAAAUGGUUCAGCUUCGCCAGUUCAACAACUGCCACCAAACGCACCUGCAGGUACUUGAAUGAAUGACGCUGCCCCUGCUUCUUACUCUUCACUUGGUCGCCUUCUCUUAUUUGCGCUUCGGAUUGUUUCUUUUGUGAUUGCAGUGAAUGUGAAUAUCAGCACGUGUCAUGUCUUCGUCAAUUUUGGGACGAGGAUGUCUUACAAAGAAAUCCUCUGAAUUAGUACAGUAUGCGCUCCUACAGUUACUUAUAAUUCAUACACUGACCAGGUUUCGCCUUGAGCCCCGCCCAUUAUAUGAACAUCCAGAAUCUGCUGUGAGCACCGAUGAGCGCCUACGCGGGUGUGAUUGUGAAGUGAUGCCUUUAUAAUGUUGGCCCUACUGUAUUUGGGUUUUCGGCAGACAUCAUCAAAAACCAAACUGUGCCAGCGGUGACAGGCUCGGAGGACUCCGCUACCAGCAUAAAGUGCGUGUGUGCUUGGGAUGUCAAACAACCCUGAACCCUCCGACGUGAUCAUGAUUGAAUGUGAUGAUACCGAAACGGAAUUAUUUGAUAAGUGAAUAUCGCUCUUGAAGCGCUAGCCAGCCCUUUUUAUUCGAUCCUGUCCUGCGCCUCUGACAUACAAAAACAAGUGAGUGCUUAUCUGGCGCGAUGUGGCGAUAUUUCGAUAAAGUGGAUCCGCUUUUCUUUUUCUACUGUUUCGUGAGAGACCCUGCCUUCCUAUUUUGGACGUCGGUACUUCUUUUGAUCAUGCACACGCAGCAGGAGAAUCUCCCGUGUCUGCAUUUGAUGCGCGGCGAUGGCUCAUGCAAAAAAAACACGAAGAUGGCGAUUAUUCCCUUUGAAACCGUCCUCCGUCACACGGUAGUGCUAGAGGAAAUGGCAACAGGAGCGUACGACGCACUUUAUUUGGUGGUCUCAUCUUUACUUACUUGGCCGCACCAGCACUCUAUUUACGCAUUCUAGACGAUGACGCGAACAAAUAAGAUGUUGAUACAGACAAGACUCGAAAUACAGAUGCAACAACCGCGCUUCUGCGAGAUUUUGAACAUUAUUUUGGUAGUACUAGGUAGAGGAGCUCGGGUGGCAACGCAAUAUUAAUUACUGCACGAGAUCGCACUUCAUUCAU